UUUCCUGAGGACUCAGGUGUUAUUCCUCUAUAUACCACUCUUCAAACCGAAAUAACCAUGCAAACAUAACUGCUUCACGGUAAAAACACGAAUGGGACAGAGGUACCCAAGCAAACGACUUUUGUAUAGUCUCCCUCUGGUAUAUACAUUUAUAUUCUGUUAUUUUAUAUUAUACCAAUCUUUUCUAUGUAUCGUAAACAUACAAUGUUUAUCUUAGCUUUAAAUCCGAGCGAGGUAGGCAAAUAAAAAUAAAAGAUGUAUAAAUACGAGUAAAUCUUACCGCCAAUUGCACCUUAUUAUAACUUCCCAUACGAGCUAAAAUGAAGGGAAGUACGAUAACUAAAUAAAACUGUAUAUAUCUUUCUUAUCAAUCCGAAUAUUGGUAUACUAUCUUAUCAAUACUGUUAUUAAAAAGCAAACUUCUAAAAGGUUGGUGAAAAAUCAUGCUUGUGUAGCAAUUUAUUGUGCACAACUAAUUUAAUAUUAUUAUGCUUCGAUAUUUACUGUAUAUAAAAAUGUAAGUAUAGUAAACAUCUCCUCAAUAAAGUGGUCAUCAUAAUAGCAGACAAUUUCGGAAUAGGAUCCGUAACUGCAAAGGAUUAGGCUUAGACCAUUUUACCUUACAGAAAUGAACAACAUGGCCGAGAGCAUGAAAAAGCACAAGCUUCAUAUUAGAAACAGUAGUAGAACAGAGACAACUAUGCAAAGAAUUUUGGCUCCAUCAGUUUUUUAAUUAUCGAUAAGAAUAUAUGAUAAACAACGAGCUCGAUAUUUCUUCUGUCUUCAAUGUUUUAUAUGAGAAAAGGCGUUAAUAUAAAGGGUAUUUUCACUGUAACAAGUAAUAAUGUAACUAUUAACUUGGUUCAUAUUAUAACUUCCCUAUAUUGACUAAUCAAUUUAAUAAAGGCAACUAUGUACUUUCAUUAGCUUCGAUUCCAAGAAACUUUUUAAUUAACAAAAUUUUAGAUAUUUUAGUAUAUAUUGUUAUUAUAACAAGUAUUUAAUAGAUAUUAUAAGCUAAUAUUGUCCUCUUGUGUGGAAAGAGUAAGACCCCUGUGCCCAGCAGUGUCCAACUGGUAAAUAUAAACAGCUUUGUCAUCCUGAAUAAACUGAAAUGUCGUAAUUAAUCUUACAAAAAUACUAUAACACCUAAAUAUCUUAUCUAUAAAUAUUUUAAAUAAAAAAUACGUUCGGAUAGAUCAGUACUAUUCAAACUUGUAUCGGUUUAACACGACUAUAAUGUUUCUGAUGUAUUUUGUAUUAGUUAUUUUCGCGGUAGUCUUAAUCGGUCUACUUUAUACAAAAUUAACUUUGGGUAUAUGUAAGUGUAGUAAACAUCUCGUCGGUAAAGUGGUUAUUAUAACAGGAGCUAAUACAGGGAUUGGAUAUGAGACUGCAAAGGAUUUGGCCUUCAGAGGUGCUCGAGUCAUUCUAGCUUGCAGAAAUGAACAACGCGGCCUGACAGCCCAGAACAAUAUCAUCACGGAUACCGGUAAUCAUGACGUCCACUUCCGUCAACUGGAUUUAGCAUCACUAAGCUCCGUACGAAAGUUUUCUGAAAAUAUUCUCACAAACGAAAAAAGACUGGAUAUUCUUAUUAAUAACGCUGGCAUGGUUGGUGCUAAACAUACAAAAACUACAGAUGGUCUUCUGCUCGAUAUGCAAUCUAACCAUUUGGGACCUUUCCUCUUAACUUGCUUGCUACUACCAUUAUUGAAGAAAACUGGUUCCAGUCGAAUUAUUAACGUUUCAUCAAUGGGCCAUAGAUUUGCUAAAUUUGACGUUAAUGACCUGAACAUGGAUAAAGUAAGAUAUAGUAGUAAAGUGUCGUAUGGUAAUACAAAACUAUGUAAUAUACUUAUGUCAGUGGAAUUAUCUCAACGCUUAAAAGGCACCGGCGUCACUAUUAACUCGUUACACCCAGGAGGAGUCGAUACUGACAUUAUAGCCAAUGUAGUGAAUCAAAGUAUGUUUUUGAAAUUUAUGAAUUUAUUACGUCCAAUAUUCAGAGCUUUUGCUAAAUCUAGAUGGGAAGGUGCACAGACGACCAUCUACUUGGCAGUGUCCCCGGAAGUAGAGGGCGUUAGCGGAUAUUAUUAUAGUGAUUGUCAACAGGCAUCUACUUCUAAAUUGGCUCAAGAUAAAGAUCUAGCUCGGAAAUUGUGGGAAGUGUCUGAAAGACUCGUUAAACUAAAUAAUUAAAUAAUAAUAAAUGGUACUGUUAUCCAUUACAUGGAUCAUCAAUUUUUUUUACAUUACUACUAGUUUAAACAUAAUGUAUUUUCUUAAACUUACCAACAUCUUUUCUUUUUUAAUCUCAGAAAGAAAAAUUAAAUAAAUAUUUGUUUCA